AUGGACGACCAUCAAGACUCUCGACUAGCCGCUAUCCCGGGAGACGAAAAUCACCUCCAACACCUCUCGGAACAUGAUGGCAGCACACCAUUCACCGGGAGCGGUGUUCUAGCCGAGGAGGACCUCUUCUCCAUCUCUCAACACGCUUCUCGAUAUGUAUCGCCCCCCAUUACACACAAUCUCUCGGCGAUACAGAACCUGCACUCCCAACAUCAAGAGCUGCCGCUAGACAGUAUGUCUCCUUCGCCAUACGAUGUAUCAUAUGGCGGCCAUGGCGGCCACGGAUCCUUCCUUACGGAUAGCAGCUCUUUCCACCCCAGGCCGUACAACACCACAGAUAUCUCACCGCAGAUACCCCCGCAAAUACCCCCGCAAAUACAUAACCCUGGGAUGACAAGCACGGCGAGGUCGGGAAGUGAACGGGGUCCGAAGACUAUGGCUGUCAAAACUGGACGAAUAGAGAAGAACACAUCGAAGCGGAAGAGAGAGAGGCCAGGUGCUGCAAAGAGAGCACAACAAGUGGAAAAGCCACUCAGCGAGUUGUUACACGAAUUUCCACCCUUCGAGAUGCCCGACAUCGCGAAAUACGUUCAUCGAGCCAAAGAAGAAAGACUGCGAGAGGUCGCCGAAUGUAAACCGCCAGGGAGGAUCAAAAGGCCCAUGAACGCCUUCAUGCUGUACCGGAAAGCAUAUCAAAAUCUGGCAAAGAGCAUAUGCACCCAGAACAACCAUCAGAUAGUUUCCCAGGUCUGCGGCGACGCCUGGCCGCUAGAGCCUGAACACAUCAGGGAGCAAUUCAACGAAUGGGCCAAGAUCGAGAAAGAAAACCACAUCAAGGCACACCCAAACUAUAAAUUCACCCCAUCCAAACCCGCAAAGAAGGUUAGGAAGGUCGACACGGGUUCAGAUGAGGGAUCCCAUCUUGGGGAAGCCGAGUGGGCAUCUGAGAGGCCCCUGCGAGGUUUGGAUGCGGAAAAGGCGGCGAGACAGACGCAAAUGGGCGCUCCCGUGAGCACGCCGAUAUCCAUUUUCGAAACAUAUGACGGGUAUGGUAGUUUAGGAGUACCCUCCAACCAUUCCCUCUACCCUUAUUCCAACACCGGGAAACUCAUUCCUACCCCAUACGAUAGUACAGGAUUCCCCGGUGAUCACUAUUAUCAGCAGAGCGUUUACUCGACACCAGGCCAAAGCGGGCUCGUCGAGGAUGUAGUCAUCAGAAAGACGCCAUCGCCAGCCUCAUUUGGUCAGUCUCAUCACAUCAUGGGCGAUACAGCAUAUCCACCCAUAAUCGAUCCGUACGCCACGAUGGGCAUGGGCUCCGAACAUACGAUGGACCCAUCUUUGGUCGCAAGGCCAAGCGGCAAAGCCUAUGAUGGCACUUUGGACAAUUUCGGGUUUGAUGUUGAUCCGAGGUGGUUGCCGUCAGGUAUGACAGGCAUAGGUCCACUAGGAAUGCACGAAUCAAUGGAGCCACUGGAUGCCUUCUUGGAACAGGAUCCCCAGCUACAAUAUUUGAAAGGCGAAGAAGGAAGCUGGCAAGUUGAGGAGGUGCCACCACGAUCUCAGUCUGAAGCUUGGCAGGGCUGA